AUGUCAGUCUCGUCGUCAUCUGCUUAUCAAACACAGCGCGAAGUUUAUCGACAUAAACUUAUGUUUGAAUUGAUGUUUCGUGAUGAUGAACAAGUGGAUUUAAAACGAUACAUUCGUGCAUUUGAUAUGCGCUUAUCACGAAAUACAGCAUUUUCCAAAAUUCCAUGUGGUCCAGUAAUUGUGAUUGAUAAAGCAAAAAUUGCUUCGUGGUCAACGAGCAAUUCGAAAUACAAAACAGAAUUGUGCAAAUAUUAUGUAGAAACUGGUGUAUGUAAAUUCGAUGGCGAUUGUACAUUUGCACAUGGUGCUGAAGAUUUACGUAAUGCAAAUCAUAAAUCAGUUUUAUGUCGACUAUUUCAUAUGACUAACAAUUGUCCAUAUGGUCAGAAUUGUGCAUUUAUUCAUGACGAGUAUCGACGUUCAUCGAUUAUUGUUAAGCCAGGUUAUACUUAUGCACCACAAUACGUUCCACCUAAUGGUGAUCAAGCAUCUAUUGACGAACAGGAACACGAACAGCGUUCGCGACGUUCAAGUUCAGGCUAUGCAUCCAGUGAAUUGAAAGGCGGCGGCAACAGUCGUAAGCAUCGCAGUUUCUACGAGAAAUCGUUGUUGCAAAUGAGUUUUUUUUGUCUUCGUGUGUUAAAAAAUUGUUUACUAGAAUUUGUCAAAUAG